UAGCUCUGUUUCUCUCCAAAAACACGCCCUUUCCUCUCCCAAACACCCAAAUCCCUCCAGAUUUGCAAAAACCACCAUUUAAACACUCAAAAACCUUGCAAACCCAACACAAAUCUUCAAGAUUUUGCUCCAAUUUUGUGUGGCAUUUGCUGUUCUCUCUCUCAUGGCUUCAAGAAGUGCUGGAAGCAAAAGAAAACAAGUGGGAAGUUCAAGUGCUGGGGGUCAGGCUGAGGAAAAUGGUAACGUCUUUGAUUCUACUCUAUUUUGGGAUAAGGAUGCCUCUGAUCACUAUAAUUUUGUCAAGAAUUUGGCUGUUCUACCUUGCAAUAACGUGAAGUUUAGUCAAUUUCCUCAAGGUGAUAUGAAUGUUGAGAAGAUAUUUAGGGAAAUUGGGUGGAUUGAUUUUUUAGAGAUUAAGGAGCACGUGUAUAAUGAUGUGAUUCAUCAAUUUUAUGCAAAUUUGAAACCAAAAAAGAAGAAGUGCAAAGCAAUGGUUUCAGGGAUGCAAAUUCAGUUUUCACCUAGGGAAAUUUGUGCUUUACUGGAAAUACCUGAGGAGGAGAUGAUAAUUUUGAAGAUGUAAAUACAGCAUUAGUUAGAGACACAAUUGCUCCAAAUUGCACUGCAAGUCAAAUUAAUGUGGGGUUUCUUUCACCAAAAAACAGAACAUUACAGUGGAUUAUUAGUCGUAUUCUUACUCAAAGAAAGGGGUCUAAAUCUGUUGCACUUGGCAGUGAUCUCCCAUGGUUUGAUUAUCUUCUCAAGAGGAAAAGACUGAACCUUGGUAGGUUUAUUUACCAGAACAUAAUCAAGACUUACACAGCAGAUAUGGGACUUCCUCAUGGUGCAUUGAUCACUAGAUUGGUCAAGUGGAAUAACAUUGAUCUCGCAUCAUAUAGGCUUGGGAAGAUUAAAGCUGGGACUACACUCAACAGAACUUCUUUUAAAAAAUUGCAAUGUGAGUUAAGGAAUGGCAUUUGGAGGAAGAAACGGGAUCAAGCAAUGGAACAGCAAGGAGAUGAAGAAGGAGGAGAUGCAGACCAAGAAAUGGAAGAGCAGGGGGAAGAAGAACACUGCGAAACCAUGGAGCUUAUGAUGAAUGAGAUGCGGCAAUUGCACACUGAUUUUUAUGAUUUCUGGAAGGAGAUGAGAGGGAGGAUGGAUACCAUGAAUGGAAAGGUUGAUCAGCUUGUUAACCACUUUUUCCCUCCACCCCCACCUAGUGCCUCCUAACUUGCUAUUUCUCUUUUGGCUAAUCUUUAGGAUGGACAUCUUAGACACAUGCAUUUUCAUUUUUAGAUUGUCUUUAUUCUACUUUCUUGUGUUUGGUGGCUAAAGACUAAAUGCUACUUUGUUAAAUAUGCUGCCCUUUUAAUGUUCUAUGAUUGUGAAUUUUAAUGACAUGUGACCUCGGUAUGGUAUUAU